AUGCUAGCCAGUUUGUCCCGCCUGCAGACAUUCAUUACGGACAAGUUGGCGUGGACUCAUGCCGACGAGGUCGAGUACUACCUCAGCCCAGAGCAAUGGACCCAAGUCAGCGAAAUCCUGGAAGACCUGCUGCCUGCUCGGAAGGCCACCGCUCAACUCCAGAGGCAAGACAUGACCCUUGGGGAAUUCUUCGCCAUCUGGAGCGGCGUGGUCAUGGUUCUGAAGCAGACAAAGAAUAAGGGUUCUGCUCUAGCCGGCAAGCUCCUUUUGGCCAUGGAGAAGAGGGCAAAAGGGGUCAUGUACAAAGAUAGGUCAAAGGGGCAUAAGGUAUCGCCGCUCUUAGAUUAUCCUGGCUUCCAGGUCGCCGUGUUCCUCGAUCCAAGGUUUUUCUCCCUGCUGAAGCCGGACCAGGGGCAGGAAGCCAAGGAAUAUCUUCUGGACCUGGCGGACCGGAUGGAGGCCGUGGAGGGACCCGCGGUCGAUGUUAGUACAAAAUUUUUAUCAGUGGAGGGUCCAUCCCUGUUCAGCGCGCUGCUGGACCGCGCCAACAAGGCGAAGCUUGAAGCCACAGGCGCUGCUCAGACCACAACCUCUGGAGAACGGAACGGCCGAACUGGAAGACGGGCUUUGUUGCGGGCACUGUUGGACGAGCACGAUAGGACGACGGUGCCCCUCUCCCCGACGGAGAACGUCUUCCAGUGGUGGCACAAGAAGCAGUUCACCAGCCCAGAGUUAUACAAACUGGCCCUUGUAGUCCUCUCCAUCCCUGCCACGCAGGUGUCUGUGGAACGGCUGUUUUCGUGCCCAAGAUUUAUUCUCAGGCCACAGCGGUUAGGCCUGUCGUCAAGCCACGUCGACGACGUGGCAUUCCUUCAUGCCAACAAGGAUGUUGUCAAGGGACUCCUUGAUGAACUUCUAAAGAUAGGAAGCCACGGGCAAAAUCAAGAGUCAUUGAUGGCGCUAGCCAAGAUCCUGACCCAAAGCAGACCUAGGAAACGUUAUGAACUCAUCAAUGAAAUCUUACGUUUCAGCGAUUUUGCGUCAACUAUUGACAUAAGUUUUGUUACUUUGAAUUGAACUGCAUAAC